AUGCACGGAAGAAAGGGUGGAAGCUCAUAUUCAAUCGUAUUGGAUGAGCGAACGGCCAAUCAGGGGAGCAACCUGGGAAGCGCAAACCCAAGCCGGUGCGGUAAAAUUGCCUCGGCGGUAAUCUCCUCACGGUGGCAUUGCGGUGGAUUGAGAGGGCGACCACAUGUAACGCUUCCGUAUCCCGUACUGUACGCGGUCCAUGUUUCCUAUCCAACUUUGCCUGCUGCUUUUUGUUCCUCUGGCGAUCAAUCACCAGCCCAACCGAGGAUGCCCGUUUCGACGAAACGAAUGAUUGUCAGCGUUGGCACUCCCAACGUCCCAGCAUCCCGACGGACGGGCGGUGGUUGGAUGGGCCAGCUGAUUCGCCUGCCAGCCGUGUCUGGCCCUGUUGAUGCGGAGAACGCGAAUCACGAAUCGCGACCCAUCGCCCUCGUUUUGCCAUACGGGACUGAUACGCUGCUGCUGGAAUGGGUGAUUCGUCCCGCCCGUAACUCGUCAGAUUAUGUGGUCUCUGUGCCUUGUUCGCUCACAGGAGUGUCGCUGGAGCGCCUCAGAAGGGAAGGGAAGGGGAAAUAA